ACCCCAUAAAUCAGUCCUUUAUAUUUACUCAAAGCUCCAUCCGUUUAAUUUUAUCACUAGAAAAUUAAGUAUGGCUGAUUCAAUGGUAAAAAAUCCUAGUUUUGGAUUAUGCAGUUUCACUUUGCAAUUCCUACGUGGACGUUGGUUUAUGAUGUUUGCUUCAUUCUUGAUUAUGGCUGGAGCAGGCGCGACGUAUUUGUUCGGCGUAUAUUCCAAAGUUAUAAAAUCGACUCUUGGAUAUGAUCAAUCCACCCUUAAUCUUCUUGGUACAUGUAAAGAUUUGGGUGCUAAUGUUGGUGUUCUUUCUGGACUUUUAGCCGAGGUAAUGCCAACUUGGUUCGUUCUUUUAGUUGGAUCAGUGAUGAAUUUUGCUGGCUAUUUUCUUAUUUGGCUAGCCGUGACCAAAAAAAUUGCAACACCAAAAGUAUGGCAAAUGUGUAUUUACGUAUGUAUUGGUGCUAAUUCUCAGAAUUUUGCUAAUACAGGUUCACUUGUUACAUGUGUUAAAAAUUUCCCAGACAGUAGAGGAAUGAUGUUAGGUUUAAUGAAGGGUUUUGUAGGGUUAAGUGGUGCAAUUUUCACACAACUUUAUCUUGCUAUUUAUGGCAAUGAUUCUAAGUCUUUAAUUCUUCUCAUUGGUUGGCUUCCUGCUUUACUUUCUAUUCUUUUCAUCUUUAACAUUAGGGAGAUGAAAAGUUCUAGACAUCCCAAUGAAGUUAGAGUCUUUUACCAAAAUCUUGUUAUCUCAAUUUCCUUGGCUUUGUUAUUAAUGGGGUUGACAAUUUCACAAAAAUAUCUUAAAUUUUCACACAAUGCUUAUGUUGCAUGUGCCACUAUUGUUUGUGUGGUACUUUUCUUGCCAUGUAUUAUUGCAAUAAGGGAGGAGUUUUAUACUUGGAAAUUGAAGAAGAAAGAAAUAAUGCAAACCCCUACUAGGAUUAUUGUUGAAAAACCACCUUUGCCAGUGUCAGAAAUUGUGGAGUUGGAUGAUUUUUCUAUGGCAAAAAAACAAGAAAAGAAUGAAGUUGGAUGCUUUAGUAAUGUUUGCAAUAAGCCAAAAAGAGGUGAGGAUUAUACUAUACUACAAGCCCUUUUGAGUGUGGACAUGUUAAUUCUAUUUGUGGUUACAUUUUGUGGACUAGGGUGCAGUUUAACAGCAGUGGACAAUUUGGGACAAAUUGGUGAGUCCUUAGAUUAUCCAUCUCAUACAAUUAGCACAUUUGUGUCCUUAGUGAGCAUAUGGAACUAUUUUGGUAGGGUUUUCUCUGGAUUCGUUUCUGAAAAACUUCUCUUGAAAUGGAAAGUCCCACGUACGCUGAUGAUGACCUUUGCUCUACUCUUACCGAGCAUUGGUGACCUCCUCAUCGCCUUCCCUUUUCCCGGUUCAGUUUAUGUGGCAUCGUUGCUAAUUGGCUUCUCUUUUGGUAUCCAAUUGACGCUUCUUUUCAUUAUAAUAUCGGAGCUGUUUGGAUUGAAGUAUUACUCAACGUUAUUCAAUUGUGGACAAUUGGCUAGUCCUAUUGGAUCAUAUGUAUUGAAUGUGAAAAUUGUGGGCAAACUUUAUGAUAAGGAGGCAUUGAAGCAAUUAGCAAGUAAAGGUAUGACAAGAUCAAUGGUGAAAGAAUUGGUUUGCAUUGGAAAACAAUGUUAUAGGAAUUCUUUUAUCAUACUUGCUUGUGUGAAUGCAUUUGGAGCUCUUGUUUCUUUGAUUUUGGUAUGGAGGACUAAGGAUUACUAUAAGACUGAUAUUUACAAAAGAUUUAGAGAUGAAAUGGAAGCAAACGAAAAGGAGAUGAAGAUGGUUGCUCAUAAAUGA